AUGGCUGUCAUCAGUUGGAAGGUCGCGAUCGGACUGGGAAUCAUCUAUGGUGUCGUCUGGAUCCUCGUCAACCCGCUCUCUCAGCUUGCGUUCCCCUACUGCGACCACCCGAAGAAGUGCUUCAACUACGCCGAGGAGCUUGCUGCCAGCCUGGACCGCAGGAUCAACCCUUGCGACAACAUGUACGAGCACGUGUGCGGAAAGUGGGACCGGCUACACCCGUACCCAAUGCCAGGCGCCGGGGGCCAGUUCCGUGUGCUCCAGUAUCGGAUUCUCUCGUUCCUCAUCACCAAGCUCGAGCAGUCGCCUCCUAAUCAUCCUGUGGUUGCGGUCCGCAGGAGCGUCUCCGCCUUUCAGAACUGUCUGAACGUCUACGAAGAGCGCAGAGAUGACACAAAGGUUGUAUUGGACAUAUUUAGGAAGUACAACUUCGAGUGGCCCUCGAUGAGUCUUCCCGCAGAUUUCGACCUGUUGGAGUACCUUCUGGGCAUGUCGCUAGAGUACGGCUUCGCGACGCCAGUUGUCCUAGGCCUCACGGCUGACUUGAAGACUGACAAGCGGUACGGUUUGUCGCUGGAAAUUGAGGCCGCGACGGACAUGGAGGCCAGCAUGGCUGCCACUCGAUACGUGAAACACUGCAUCACACACGUGGCGCCAUCGGUGACGAGCGACUUGGCAUCGGCGUUCGCCGAACGCAUUCAAAAAGCCGCAAACGACAUGGUCACGGCCGCUAGCGCCAUCAUUCCCGGUCCAAGGACGAACCAAAACUACACUACCAUGGCGAAGCUGGUCAACGACGUCGCCGGGCACGGUACGGUAGACGAGUGGUUGAAGGUGAUUAACGGUCAUAUGCUACCUGGCCGUACGGUAGACAUGACAGAGCCCGUCCUGACGAUCAACGGCAGUGGCUUGCUUCUCAAAGCGGUGCUCGACAAUGCCAAGCGGUCCAGCUACGUCGACCUGGUGCUGCACACGGGCUGGAUGACGUUCUACAAUAUGCGUGCGGUGGUGUCGGCCUCGCUCCUCGACUGCACGGAUGGAGGCGGCAUUCAGUCACAGAUACAGUCCGCAACUCAGUGCUUGGAAAACAUGGCCCAGGUUUCCACGUAUGCCUUGGUUCGGCUGAUCGUGGACAGCCUGGAUCUGCAGCCACAAGUGAAUGACACUCUGCGCACCUGGAUGGCGGUGAAGGAGGCCACGAGGGCCAACUUCCCCAAACUGCCCUGGAUGGAUCAGUCGACAGCCGCUGGUGCCAUCCAUCACGUCGACAGUCUGAUCACCGUACUAACCAUGCCGGAACACCUGAAGAGUGACGAGGCACUCGAAAAAUUCUACGUCUUUUUGGACCAGAACGUGACACAGCCGUUCGUAGUGUGGCUAUACAACACGUACCAACGGCGCCUUCAGGAGCAGAAGCGUCUUAUGAAAGAAGACCCGGCAGUUCCCGUUCAUCGCGAGGACAUUGUGUUCAGUCCUUCCGAUGUGAAUGCGUUUUACGCGCCCCUGUUGCACCUUAUGGUCAUCUUGCCGGGUAUCAUGAACGCGCCGUUCGUCCCGAGCACCGAGCCACCGGCGGUCGUAACAGGCGGCGUCGGAAAACUCUUGGGACACGAACUGUCGCACGCCUUCGACCCGCGGUUCAGCACCCUGACUAGGACCGGGGACAAGAUAACGUGGUGGUCCAAGGACUCCUUCGCCAAGUUCCUCGGCCGGCUUGACUGCGUCACGAGCCUGCUCACGAAUUACACGUCGGACGCUGUGUUCGCAAAGAACGUGCUCACAGAAACGUUCGCCGACACGGCCGGGACGGAGAAGGCUCGGCUGGCGUUCGGUUCGAUGGAACUGACCGACGGAAUCCUUGGUUACACGCCGGAGCAGUCGUUCUACGUGGCCAGCUGCUUCCUCUUCUGCUCAGAGGGUGCAUACACUUGGAAAAAAACUGGGUUAUACCCGCCUAUGAUGCUGCGCUGUAACCUGCCUGUGCAUAACCAGGAGAGGUUUGCGGAGGCGUUCAGCUGUCCUGUGGGUGCGGCGCUGAAUCCACAAGACCGAUGCACGUUCCAUGUGGCGAACGAGAAAUAA